GUGUGAAAUGGAUCCGUUCCUCUCGGAGUCUCUCCAUAUAAAGCGCGUCCCCGUCACUCGACUCCCAGAAUCCCAGGCGUGUCCCAGGAUGGAGGACUUGAUCUCUCGGGAGCCCAGGGAUCUGGGUAGAGCCGUGUGCAUCAUCACCGGCGCGUCGAAGGGCUACGGGCGGGCGCUGGCGUUCCAGCUGAGCUGCCGGCUGAAGCCCAGAUCCGUCCUGGUUCUGGUGGCCCGAACCAAAGCCCAGCUGAACGAGCUGAAGGACGACAUCGUGAGUGUGUGUGGACGGAGCCAGCUGGACGUCCGAUGCGUUCAGGCGGAUCUGGAGGAGGCGGGAGGAGUGGAGAAAACCGUGCAGGCGGUCAAAGAGACGAGCUCGACGGAAACGGACCACGUGCUUCUGAUCAACAACGCAGCGUCUCUGGGCGACGUGUCUCGCUUCGCUGUGUCGUUCACGGACCCCGCGGAGGUGAACCGCUACCUGUCGCUGAACGUUAGCGGCGCGCUCAGUCUGACGGCCGGCGUCCUGCAGGCGUUCCCUCAUCGUCUGGGUCUGAGGAGAACCGUGGUGAACAUCAGCUCUCUGUGUGCGCUGAAGCCCUUCCCCUCGUGGGUCCUGUACUGCACCGGGAAAGCGGCGCGAGACAUGAUGUUCCGGGUGUUAGCCGAAGAGGAGCCGGACGUACGGGUGCUGAGUUACGCUCCCGGUCCUCUGGACACAGACAUGCAGCUUCAAGCCCGUCGUUUCUCUGGAGACCUGAACCUGCGUCGCUCGUUCUCCUCGAUGUUCUCCGAACACCAGCUUCUGACCUGCGAGGAGUCCGGGUCCAAACUCGUCAAACUCCUGCUGGACAACGACUUCCCGUCCGGAGCGCAUCUCGACUUCUACGAGCUUUAGGAGCAGAUUCACACUUACAGCUCGUGUACAUACAAACAUGUGCUUCUUCCUAGGGUUUCCAGCACAAAUAAACAUUCUUACAUUAAGAUGCAUUUACUGGAGAAGGAGCAAAAUGACUGAAGAUAUUAAGACUGGAAAAUGAAUCAAAAUGAAGUGAGUUUGUGUCCUAAAUAAUUUAGUUCAAUUCAGAUCACAUUUACCGAAGAAGCAAAAUGACUGAAAAAAUAAUCAAAACCAUCAGUGACUACAUUGUCAGAUAUUUAGAUAUUUGUUUAGAUAUUUGUGCUGUUUUUAUUUUUAAUUAUUUAUUUAUUUUAAUUUUACAUUUUUAU